ACAGGGGGGCAGGGCCGUCCUCCGCCUCCUCGCACGUUGCUCUGAGCCGACCGGAGCAGCCAUUCAUCCAGCGUUUGCUGAAGCUGCAGCAUUCCCUUCGUAGCCCCGGAGAGCAGCGAUGUUUUCCUGCAGAGCGGCCUGGCAAAGGUGUGGGCCUUUGGCACGGACAGCAGCCUAUAGGUUGCCCCGGGAUGUUGUGCAGCGGCGGCAGAUGUCAUCAGUCCCUGGUGGGUCUGGGGAGAACAUAGUCUACGCCUUGCUGUGUGGUGCGGCCUUUGCUGGUGGUAUCACAUAUGCGUACAGCACUGUGACCGGCGACAGUACCAGGUACAAUGAACGCGUGGCAGAAAUCCGGGCCAGACCCAAGACAGAGUGGACACCUAAACCAUGGCCACCCAAGAGCCAGGGCGAUGAAGAGGGUGGAGAGGAGGAGGAUGAGGCUGCGGCAGCUGAGGAGGACGGUGGAGAGGCCGAGGUUGCAGAAGAGGAUCCCGCUGCUGCUGCUGAUGGCGAGGCAGAGACUGUAGUGGAGGCAGUCGCCGAGGUGGUCGCAGAGGCCGCUGAGGUGGUUGCCGAGGCAGCGGAGGUGGUUGCCGAGGCUGCACAGGAAGUGGAGGCAGUCGCAGAAGAAGUGGCCCAAGUGGCUGAAGCUGUUGAGGAGGCUGCUGAGGCUGUCGCGGAACCAGCCGCUGUCGCUGCAGAGGAGCCUGAAAGCAACGUGCUGCUGGCAGCUGCCUCUACUCUAGAGGUACCGAAGAUAGCUGACGUAAAGGAAGAGUUGGCACCCACUGUUGAAGAGUCCCUGGUACCAGUACAGACAAAGCCCGUUGAAGAAAUUGAACCAGUUGAGGUUGCACCAGUAGAAGAGACCCCCGCACCGGUUGCCGAGGAAGCCCCCGCACCAGUAGAGGCUGCACCGGUUGCCGAGGAAGCCCCGGCACCAGUAGAGGCAGCACCGGUUGCCGAGGAAGCCGCCGCACCGGUUGCCGAGGAAGCCCCGGCACCAGAAGCGGCAGCACCGGUUGCCGAGGAAGCCGCCGCACCGGUUGCCGAGGAAGCCGCCGCACCGGUUGCCGAGGAAGCCGCCGCACCGGUUGCCGAGGAAGCCGCCGCACCGGUUGCCGAGGAAGCCCCCGCACCGGUUGCCGAGGAAGCCCCCGCACCGGUUGCCGAGGAAGCCCCCGCACCGGUUGCCGAGGAAGCCCCCGCACCAGUAGAGGCUGCACCGGUUGCCGAGGAAGCCCCCGCACCAGUAGAGGCUGCACCGGUUGCCGAGGAGGCUGCACCGGUUGCUGAGGAAGCCCCCGCACCUGUAGAGGCUGAACCGGUUGCCGAGGCUGAACCGGUUGCCGAGGAAGCCCCCGCAUCGGUUGCCGAGGAAGCCCUGGCAUCAGUAGAGGCUGCACCUGUUGCUGAAGAAGUCCCUGCAUUAAUAGAACCUGAUGUUUCCACAGCUCUAGUUGAAGAACCAGUCACUACCAUAGUUGUGGAAGAAAUUGCAGCAGCCCCCGCUGCAGGAAUAGCCAUCCCUGUAGUGGAAGAAUUGGUUGUAGCCCCUCCAGAGACCCCAGCAGAAGCUCCCAAAAGAGAGUACAUUGUUGUGGUUCUGGAAGGAACACCUAAAGCGGAAAAACGGCCCAUGGUGCUGGGAGUGGGGCCCAUGGCUGGUAGGAUCAUCGCAGCUCCAGACGAUGGCGAUGCCACUGCUUCUGAGGGUAAACGGCGUCUUCUUAGGAUGCAAAUGCAGUAAUUCCAGCUAAGUAAACUACUCCCGAAUGAUGACUUUCUGUCCUGCAGAUGAAGAGGAUGUGCCUUUUUCCUACACUUUCCCUUCCUCCUUUUACCCCUCAAAACACAAGGGACUAGUAUGUAGUUCCAAUGUAAAGAUAAACAUGAUAUACAGUGUUCAGAUCAACACCUGCUUUAUGGAACCAUCUUGUCAACAAAGUGACACUCCAUUCUGACUUGCAUGUCCCCAAUGAGCCCGGUCAGUAGAACAGAACUCUGGUUUAUCUUCAAUAACUGUUCUUGUAACUUCUGUGAAACGCAACCUGUUUACUGCUGUGUGGACAAAACUGAGCCAUUCAGUCCACUUUUUUUCCUUAUAGUGUUUACUGCUUCAAAAAUCACUCCAGUGGAAUACCUCAGUACCACAUCCUGUUAACCCAAUCACUGCCCAGCCACUUGUGAUGUGAACCUACAGUGUUAUCUCUUAGUCACCAGCAUUCUUUACAGUGCCCAGCCUCGGUGUGAAAAUGGAACAUCUGGAAAGCACUUGCUGUGUCUUUUUUUUUAUGAAGAAACACUCUUUACUCAUGUGCUCAUGUACAGUAGCUAUUUUGCUACCUCAGUUUUCCUUGUGUUUUCAGUCUUUAAAAUUACACUACAGACCUCUUCUUGAUACUAUCAGUGUUACACUUCCUAAGCCAACAGCUAAGCCACUAACUUCAAUAACCAACUUAUCCUGUAAAACUGAAGGCAUUUAUUAAUUUCCCUUUAUAUUUUUUAUUCCUUAAAGGGUCAUUUAAUAGUGAAAUAACUGCUGCUGCACUGCUCUCAUGGGGUCAAAACUGUAAAGCAUGUUUCACUUCUGGCCACACCCCUCUAUAUUAAGAAUUGAAACAUAUUCCUCCUUAUAUUUUGCAGGCGAUCUAAUGAAUAUAAAGUGAAUGUACAAAAAACUAGGGACAUCUUGAUAUUAAGUUGGAACCUCCAGUGCACAGUUCUUCUUGCAUCCUUUAUCGCCAUCUGAUUAGUCAUAGGUACAGAAGGAAACUUGGUAAGGGAUACUAACCUGAUGGCGAGUGUACUUUAUAUUUAAAAAAUGUACAUUUAAGUGUAGCUCAGUGCCAUGGUUCUGUGAGGAGAAGUUGUAAGUGAGUUAGGGGGAAUACAUAAGCAGCAUCAUGUUCUUUCACUCUUUCUUUCUUUCUGUCCUUUUUUCAAAGAGCUGUCCUUAUUUUGUUCUAGCAGUCAGUCCUGCAGUGUGGAUGUGUAAUUUAAAGGCUUGCAGCAAGUACGAAUGGUCCUGAUACGGAUGUGAUGGUGUGACAUGAAGUACGUGUGUUUGGGAAGCGUUGCAGUAUGUCUGAAGAAAAGUCUUUGGUGUGAAAUGCUUCGACUGCUCUGUUAUAGUUCUGUCUUCCUCGAUUCCCUCUUUACUUCUACUGCUGAAUUAGUUAGCUUGGCAUAAUACGGUAUUUUGAAAUAGAGGGAAGAAUUGGACUUAGUGUUUAGUUUGUAUUUUAAAAAUGGAAAUUACUUUCAGUGUCUGUCCGUGGUUUCUGUAAUAGGAUGUAAGUGAAUGCCUUUGACCUGGCAGAGGGCAGAAACUGGCUGUCACUCAUUACUGUUUUUCAUGUUUCAUGAAAAAUAAAGAGGGAUCAAAAAUCA